GGUUUUCAUCUGUCGCUGCGUGACGUCAUUUUGCGCGUACCGAGGCAAGACGACGGGGGCCGUAACCUGCCGAGGGUGGCCGAGGAAGUUCGCGGUGUGAGUCGGGGUGGUGUGAGCGGAGCGAGGAGCCGUCAACGGCGAGAACGGCUCGAGUAUCACCGUCGAGUUUUAACGUAGUGCGUGCGUCCGCGCCACGUCGCCCGAAAACGUUCGUCCCGCGAAAAUCCUCCGGCGCGCGAGUUCCGAUCGAGCCCGCGAAAAAAAAAGUGCGCGCGAAAGUGACAGCUCCGCUCCCUGUGGUGCGUGCUUACGGUCCCUGGAGAACGUGCUGGAGAGACACGACUCGUCGAGAGACACCCCAUUUGCAGAUAGUCGUGUCAACUCCGCCGCACGUCUCGCUUCCCAAACAAAGUUAGUGCGCCAUCCUCGCCGUCGACGACAAGACAGGACCAGACAAGACGUAGAGAAGAGAAUCACCAGCGGCAUUCCUCGUCGCACCUGCGACAGUUACGGUGCGGAUCUCCCGAGAAGACGAGCCUCGCGGGUGGAGGAACUCGAGGGAGGAACUCGAGGCCAGGGAGGAUCGGGUCGUGAGAGUUCCGAGCGGGAUAGCCUUUGAUUGUGAUGUGGUGGAGCCCCCCGGGGGCCACGCGGGCAGGAGGUCAGCGGAAGAUCGGUCGUGAGGGCGACAAGCACGGCUCGGCUGCCCCGUGGCGAGAUCGCCGGCAGGGCGGCGGAGCACGAGGUAGAAUGGUCUGACCUCCGGCGUCAUCCCGCCCGACGCGGAGGUGGUGCUGGAGGCGGCGGAGGCGGCGACGGCGGUGGAGUCGAGCAGCUGCUGCCCGACUCGGAAGAAGAGGAGUCGACGGCGAUGUCGAGGCAGCUUCGGGGUGAACGGGACCACGUGAGCCGCGACUACCAGGAGCGCGACUACCUCGGUGACUUCCGGGACUUGCGCGACCUCAGGGAUUACAGGGACUUCCGGGACCAUCGGGAGCCCCUCGACAUCAGGGACGAGCGAGAUCGGGAGGGACCCAGGAGUUACCGGGACGACUAUCCGGAGGAGUACGAUCAUCGUCCGACCGCUGCAUCUACCUCGGCGAAUCUCGUCAACAACCCGCCGCAUUCACCGGCUUGUUUCUUCUCCCUCGCGUCGUUCGCUCCUCGAGAGAGAGAGAGAGAGAGAGUCAGACUCGCUAAUGAGAGGGAGAAGCUGAAGCGAGAUGACGGAGAUGACAAGGUGGAAAAUGGAAUCUGCCCUCUUGGAUGACGCUUUUUUAGCGAGCGAAUAUGACUCACGACACGCGAAACUGGGUCAGCUCUCCACGCGAUUCCGAUAUAUUAGCUUGUUCGAAUAUAAUGCGAAUUAAUUGCCACCA